AUGAAUGAGACUAUCAAGAGUGCCGAGAAAAAAAAUCUGAGCAUCGUCGUGCCAAAACUGUUCGAGCACCUCGAGCGUGUUGUCGCCGACUCGCAAGUCAGCGAUGCCAUCUUUGUGGAAUAUGGCAAACUCCUCGAGUCGAUUGUAUCUGUGCCGUCAUACGCCUGCGUGCUCACACAAAAGCAGUUCCACGCUUUCUGGGGACGCUAUUCGAUACACUGGGCGCGUGCCGUCUCCAAAUCCAACAUGCGCGUCGACUUUGAUCGGAGCCAGUGUGCCGCAGUGCUCUGCGGCCUCCUCUCUCAUGCACAGUGGAUGCAGUCGGCCGAAGAACGACGCAAGGUGCUGAAUUUUUUCAGUCACUUUACGGAUGACCGAGACGACAAGUUCACCUUCUCGGCGUCCUCCGUGCAACUCUCUGGCAUCGUCAUGGAGCAGUUCGUUGCUAACGGAGCGCUCGACGAUGCCCGAGAGCUGGGCAACCUGCUGUCUCCCGUGCUAUGCGAACCGAAUCGAUGGCGACGCGACGUGACCUUUUCAAAGUCCGAGAGUGCUAGCAAGAAGGGUCGCCCAAGCUAUCCCGCUAGCACCUUGUCCGCGUUGUUUUGGGAGUCUAUAUGCCGUGACCUCGAGGUCCCGGAUGCAUUUCAAAGUCGCACCACUCUUGAUACGAUGGUGGUGUUUGCUGACUGGGCUGCAGAUGUACUCCACUUGCAGCUUGCAUCGCACCUGCACGCUGCUCCUCCUCCUCCUCCUGCAGCAGAGGCACGCGAUCCGAAAAAGCCGCGUAUUCUUGCCAAUGCGUCGGCGUCCAACGCUCUGAUCUACGUGCUGGAACAAGUCGCUCUCUUGUCUGAAAACAAGCGGUCGCCCGUGUGGCUUCGCGUGCUCGCUCUGGCCAUCCAACGUUGCUCUGUCGUGGGCAGCGAGUACAAGACCUUACAGCUGCCAGAGGUCGUUGAGACAGUCUCCUCGCUCGUGUGCAAAACGCGCAUGCAAGCGCCCAACGCACGUGAUGUGCUGGACGGAGCGUUGAGAGCUUUCGCCUCCUGCUUUGCCCUCCAAGUCGCCUCGCACGACUGCCGCCUGGUAAUGCAAUUGGCCUCGACGACGGACCAGCUGCGUCGAUUGUCGUUGCAUCUUGUCCGGCGUCUGGCGGUCGCUCAGCAGCCCGAGGUCUGCUUUCGAUUGCUCUCGCUCCUCCUCGCAACGAAAUCCGUCGAUGUUGCCGAGCUGUUUCCAUCGCCAUCGGCCGUCGCCAACAUUCUCGCCACCUCUUGCCCCAGCUCCGCGUCUCUAUCCAUCUUCCACGCAGCUCUUGUAUUUUUAUUGACCUACUUGUCUGUUGAGUCGGAUAUCGCGUUGCGAAACGCCUUCCAUCCUUCGGCCGUGCAGGCCGCCUGUGGACACUUGAUUCGAGAGUGCGAGAACGAGCGGCAUCCCGAGCACUCUAUGGGAUCUGACGUGGCGUUCCAGGCUGAUGCUGCGCUAUUGUUCUUGCGCUGGCUUGUUCCCUCCACCCCGUUCAAUCCUGCAACGCUCUCAGGCAUGCUGCAGGGCCCGAAUUUCCCCAAUUCGUCGUCUGCCGCCAAAUAUUUCGCGCGCCAAAUUCCGACGAUUUCGCCAGACCUGCGAACGCUCGCCGACUUGCACGCUGCCGCGUUGGCCUGCUUUGGUCGUACAUCCCUUCGCCCCGAAAACGCCCAAGACGUCCAGUCAUGGCUUGUUGGCCUGCAAUAUCACUAUCUGUCCGACGUUCAGCUGCUGGACGACGUCGUGUGUCGCUUGAAGCGGCAAUGGGUGGAUGUUGCGUUUCGCGGUGCAUCCGCCCGACAUGCACCGACGCUCGACUCCAUAGACAAGCAGUCGAACCCCGCCAUUUUCACUGCUGCUGGUUCGACCGCUCCAUUGUCCUCCACAAAGAAAGCCUCGCCGGCUGUCGCAGAAACGCUGGCACCGCUCUGUUAUUGGACCAGCGUGAUCAGCAAGUCCGUCUUUUCCUUGUUUCAGUCGGCACACCAAGCCCCUUCUGCCGGAGUUGGUGUGGGGCUUGAAACAGCGGUGUCUGCCAUCGACAAGUUCUUUUCGCGUUGGUCUGAGCGUGUAACAACGACGCUUUCUGGUCCAACGCCAACCCUCGAGGAUCGGAUCCAGCUGCUAGAGCUCAUGGAAAAGGUGCUGGCGCCGCCAUACUCGCUGCACUCUCUGGCAUUGUCCUCUCAUCGUCAGUUCAGCGAUGCUCCCGAUAGCAGUAGUGGUUUCUCACGCGCAGAGCAUGCGUGGUGUCGAUUUGUUGCAUUGUUGGUGAACGCAUCCAGUUUCGGCAGCGCAGUCGCUGUCGCCCUGCCAACCUUAACGGGAGUGAGUGUCUAUCGUUCGCACGAGUCGUCUGGUGCUCAAUCAGCCCGGGGAUUGUCGCUGCCGAGCAGCGCCCCAGGCAGCAGUGGCAGCUACGACGAUAAAAAGCCCAAGGUCGUCCCGAAAUCUCGCUUCCUUUCGAGCUCCUUCCAGCAACGAACUUCCGCCGACUCCUCUUCCGUGGUGAUUGAUCUGGAUGACGACGACGAUUUUGGUGCCUUUGGGACGAGCACAGUGGAGGAACAUGCCGGAACCAACCCUGUGGACGCAGACCUGGACAUUCGUGCGAUCGGACCUGGAGAUCGCGAUUGGCUGCACCUCUUGGGAUCGCGUGUACUCUUGCACUGGAGCCGCUUGAGCUUUGCACUUGCUGCAGAGGCGCCCUCACUUCCCAGUGACAAUGCUGUCCUCAUGGAGACGAGGUCUAGAGUCCCUGUUCCAAGCGCGCUGGCUGUGACCCGAGGCUGCGAGCUCCUUCAAGGACACUCGCGUGCCUUUGCGUCUCUUUCUUCUGCACCGUCAUGGGUGGCGCCUGGGGUUCGCAUUGCGCAGGCUAUUGGCUUACUGCAGACAGUGCAGCACGCGCUCGUUCUGACUGCCGAGCACAGUCGGCCGGCCGAACACGACUCGCCUCUGACCGACGUACUCUCCACCGCCAUGGAUUGUGCCUUGGAUGUCUGUCGCCAGUAUCUUUCUUCCUGCCAGUUGGCGGCGCUACCCGCGAUUCAUGCUGCGCUGCUCGGCCUACUCGGCGAACUGCGGCUGACCAUCAGCGUGGCUUGGACGUUGAAGUGGAAGGUUGGCUCUUCCCAUGCUGUCGCUGUGCGCGAAAUCCUGGUGGCCCUGUGCCCCACUCACCAGCUUGAUGUGGUGAACUACACUCGGACCCUGCCGUCCUUGGCCUGUGCUGCGGAGCCAAUGGACUUAUUUGACGGUGUUGGCAAUGCCGCACGACCUUCUCCUCCUCCUCCUCCUCCUCCUCGACGCCGCCAGUUCUUGGGCUCGAGUCCCAGUAUCGGGCGUUCGACCGCUGUUAUUGCCGAUGCAGACACAACGACGGACGAUGACGACUCUGAGUUGACCGACAUGGACACGUCCACAUCACCAUUGCGCCAGCCGCCAUCUGCGCGCCAGCCUCCGCCUGCACCGCGCCGACAACACUUGGCUAAAUCUGCGCUCGCCGAUUGUCCCGUCCCGGCAUUGCUUGAGUUGGCUGCAGAGGUUGUGGCUCUCCAUGUUGCGCACGACGCGCUGACGUGUACUCGAGCUCAGGUCUCGACGCUGGACUUGGCUCUGCUGGCCUUUCUGUUCUCCCCAACCGCCCGAGUUUCCCUAACAACAGCGCCACAUGUGGUUGCGUUCUUUGCGUCAUCCAGCGCGCCAGAUAUGUCACCGGUCGAGAUCGACAUUCGUGAGCGCGCGAUCGUUGCCGCGUUCCUCGCUUGGCUCUUCCCGCGUGGACACUCCCAGUCCUCGCCGCACUCCAGCCUCGGAGUCAAACUCGGACGGUCUACUAUGCGAUGCUGUGACCACGAGCAUCCCGCACGGCUGAUGCUCGUGCUGAACGCAUUCACUCAGGUCGUGCAGUAUUCGCUGGGAAUGCGAACCUUUGGCGCUGCGUUGGUUCUUUCUAUUCUUCAGCCGAGCGAUUGGCACGUUUCCGACGUGUCGCAAGUUGUUUGCUCUGACACGGCUGCAGCGGUGGGCAACUCUUCCUUCGCUGACGCAUGUGCUCUCGUCAACCUCGCUCUGGAAAGCACCACUACCCUUCGAUGCCGGCCGGCCUGGAAAACAGAGCUCUUGCUCGCAUGGUGUGUCGACGUCGGGAAAUCACUUGUGCACUUCCCCUAUCCUGCGUUGGUGCAGUCUGUCAAAGCCUUUCACGAUGACUGGCUUCUUGACAUGUGCCUGGCGUGCGUUGAUGAUCCCGAUGGAUACGAGGUGUUGUCCGAGUGUCUGACCGCAUGUCAUGCGCACAUCCUGCCCUCCGAGUCCGACGAUUCUACUCUGGACGCGGCGGUGCGCGAAAGCCUGUCGGCUUGUCUGGAGCGGUUUUACCCAAAACUGAUGGCCCGCCACUUGGCACAAGAAAGUGUCAUGGUGAGAAAGCUACUUGCACAGUACAGUGAGCGCCACUCGUUGCAAGACCUGGAGCGACAACAUCGCGAGGAGACGAUGGCCGAGCUCUUCCUGCUCGUUGCACCCAACCCGCCCCCGAUGCAGCAGUUUACUCUGCACGGCCAGAUCGCCCUUGAAGCCAGCCAUCUGUUUUCGGCAGUCAAUAGUGGCGCGCCGCAAGGAGAGUUGACGUUGAUGCAUUUGCAGCUUCACAUUCCAAACCUCGCGCUGGGCUGUCUCUCUAUCGACCAUGGCUUUGCCAACCAGUCCAGCGACACGCACGGCAGCAGCUCAACCAUCUCCACGACCCAGCUUGAGCGAGCUCUCGAAAAGUGGACUCGUGUGGACGCACUGCCUCCAGACGAAAACUUUAAACGGCUACAAGUCAUUCACACACACCUCUGCGUUGCCCUCGAGCAGGCAGAAGGGUGUGAGCAGGAACUGCGGCGGCGUAUGCAAGUUUACGUGUUGUUUCUCGCGUAUAGCUGCUCGCAAACGCCGCACAGUGUUGGGUUUUCCCUCCAUGUGCUGUGCGCCCUCGCGCGUCUGCUGCGCUUCCCUGCGCUUCACUUGGCCGUUGCGCAAGUCCUGUCGUUUGUUUGCGAGGGGAUUCUAAACACACCGUCGGCAACCGACCUCAACCCCGACUUGAGGUUUCUUCCGGACUCUGCCAAGUUCCAUCUGCAGCCGAUUGUGUCGUUUCUCAUGUUUAUCGUCUGCCACGCGGCGCAGUCGAGCAUCGGAAAGGAUGGGCAGCGCGUGCAUUACGUCUUUGAGCCAGCCACCAUCGCUCAGCCCCUCGAGCGGUGGCUUGCCCCAACCAUCACGCAAAACCACCUUGGUCGUGAGCUGAUCGCUCAUCAGCAAAUCCUUGCCGCGCAGCUGUGUGCUGAUAUUGCAUCCAAGCUGAUCGUCCCAACGUGCAAAGCCCCGAAUCUCUCGAGGCUUGCAGUAGCGGGGAACAUGCUCCUUCCGCUAGCGGAGAUUGGCUUGCUGCCGAAGGUGGAGCCCUCCGGUGCUCCUUCUCCUUCUCCUUCUCCUUCGUCUUCUUUGUCAAUCUACCCUUCGAAAUUGCACCGUGCUGCAAAGCAGCUAUGCCGAGCUGUGAAUAGUCUUGCCAUUCAAGUGCGUCCGCAGCAGCUUGGCUCGCUCAUGUUUGUCAUACGUCGGUUUCUGCUCCUGGCGCGAAGCAUGAUGACAUGGAGUCUUGUGCCCUCGUACAUUGUGCGAGUGGUUGCUGUCCAGGGCCUGCACGAAGCGCUGUCAACCUCCAAAAGCGAGCUUGCAGUGCUGAUGGCGCAUCCCGAGCAGUUUGGGUUUAUCGUGCCCGUUCUCGCUCAGCAGCUGCGCUUGCUCACCCACGACGAGGAUCCGAUGGCGGCGGUGGUGGCGGAUGCUACCGCGCCCCGGGCCAACUGGGGAGCUGCCCUUUCGAGCUCAAUUGCCCUCACGCGACAAUGGGCUGUUCGCUGCCUCGGCGAGCUGGGUGCCAUGAAUCUCGACUCUGACACGCUGUUGCCCGCGCAUCUCCCGACGACCGUCUUGCUAGAUUUGCGCAUGCCACCCAUGAAAGUGCUGAACUUUCACGCUGCGCACGCCAGGCCGAGCGCUGCCCAGGAAGGGCUGCCCAGAGGCGAGCAGUAUGACAUGGCGGAAGUGUUUCGUUCGUUUGAAGCGUGGGAUGGCUCAUGCAUCGCUUCAGUCAUUCCAUCGACCCAGUGGCUAAAAUCCAUUGCGCCUGCAAUCUGUGCUUGCGAGGAGAAGGCCGAGGAGAACACGCUGUUUCGCUUGUAUGUGACUGCGAGCUUGCUUGGACACGGCUCUGCCGCAUCCUACCGCAUCAUCGUGCACACGCUGCAGCGCAUUUUCCUGACAGAGGUCGGGGGUAAUCUAUGGAGCGUCGCUUGCAAGUCCUUGGAAGCCCAGCCAGUGCUGACAAGGGCGGUUGUGUACUACCUCGAGCUGCUCGUCCGCGACCAAGAGACUGCUCUUCCGGCUUCGCGGCGAGAGCUCGACAUGUCACCUCUCGCUGCGCCCAAUUUUUGGCUCGUUCAGAACGCCACGCCGACACAGAGCUUUGCGGGCUGGGUGUGCGUGCUUGCCAGCCAUCUCGCCAACAGCGGAGCGGCAUCCUCGGAAUUGCAACAAUUCUGCGAUAUUUGCGGCGAUCAGCCACAGUUUGCUCAAGUCGUGCUGCCAGAGCUGGUUGUGGACACCAUUGCCUCUGACGGGCGAAGCACCACGACGCAGGCGCGCGCCAAAAUUGUCGCGGCUGGCAUCAACCACUUUUUUGCCCACUGCAGCUCGCAGCCAGCACCCGCUGUUCGAACGAUGCUUUCAGUCGUCCUUCGACUGUAUGCGCUUGAGUCUUUCAAGCUGAAAGGCCCGGCAUCGACAUCGCCCCGGCUGUCCAUCUACCGUGGUGGCGAGUUUGCGCCUCGGUUGGACUGGCUGCAGAUUGCUCGAGCGGCUCAACAGUGCGGCGCUCAUCUCACAUCGCUCAUGCUGUUGGAGCUGUGGCAGGAUGCGUCCAAUGCGGCAACCGAAGUGUCCGCGAUUGCCUUGCUGACGGACGCUGCUGGACAAGUGCAAGGCGCCUCCGGAACAACUCCACGGCGAAGCACGAAACGAACAGCAACUGGGUCUGAGGUGCCAGCCCCAGGCGUCGCCUCGCCUGCGCCCUCCAGUGUGACCCCUUCGCUGGCUGCUAGCGACCAAGAGCGGGACUACCGGUCCCUGCUGCUGACUGCGGCAGCCCGAAUCGCCGAUCCAGACAACAUGAGUUCGCUGACCGAUGCGUGGGACUUGAGCUCACAAGAAUGCAUGGCAGAAACCGAGGGGGAUUGGGGCCGCGCCCUGGAGCUGUACGAUUUGCAGCUGGCUUCCGUCGGGACGGCGCCUCCACGCCAUCCAACAACACCUGCCAUUCUGCCCUCGCUUUCUGCUGCUGCUGCUGCUGCUGCUGUUGCUGUUGCUGCUGGCGGGAUUUCAUCGCUGCCUCCCUCCUCUUCGGUGUUGUCCCUUCCCACAUUGUUCGAUGCUCUGCAGCACAGAGCCGCUGGGGAGCAGAUGCAAGAUUCCCACAACCCGGCGCAAACAGGCAUGCUGAAUGCGCUGCGCCACCACGGAAUGCGUCCGCUUUUGGAGACCUUUUUGCGGGGCUUGGAGGGCACUGCCGCUGCACACUCAUCAGAGCAUGCGAGCGCCGCGGCAUCUGCCUCUAGCUCUAGUUUAUUGCAGCACCAGCUCGCAGCCGCGUGGCGCAAUUGCCAGUGGGACGUUUCGCUGGAUGCCAAGAGCUCGGCCGCUGUUGCAGCUGCCGCAAGCCAAAGCCAUGGCAGUGGCGACAAGCUUCAUGUCGCGGCCUACCAAUCUGCCUUGUACGCUGCUGUGCAGGUUGUGGUCACCCUUCCAAAACACGGAGUCCACCUCAGCAUCGACCGCUGCAACGGCGACCUUGCGGUUGCUGUCAUGGAAGGCGGUCUUUCAGCCCUUUGUGCGACAAUGCACGAAGAAGAAGUCCCUCACAGCCAAGCGCUGCUUGCAAGGUUGCAGGCUGCCGUCGAGAUUCGGGAGGCGGUCCAGCUACGACAACACUUGCAAGCAUCGUCCAGGACCAACUGCUUCGCGCACGCUCAAUCGAUGAUUGGCGCGUGGCGCAACCGGUUGGCCACGUUCCAACACGGCGUGCUUUCCAGCGCAUCGUUUGAUGCCGUUGAGCCAUUGCUUGCUGUGCGCAUUUCGCUUCUUCAAGGCUUGGCGGACCUUGCGCAGAACGACGUGUCGCCCCGUUCGCCUGCAGUCGCCUCUGCGGCCUCGUUGCUCAUGAAUGAUAUGGGCCAACAUUUGCUUUUUGUCGCAAAGUGGGCCCGAAAGGUGUCGCGGUUGCACGUUGCAGCGCAUGCCCUUCGACGCAUUGAAUUGACAGCGGCCAAAGCAAGUGCCGGAGCAUUCGCCGAGCUUGUUUCGUUCGAAGGACAAAUGGAGAGCGCCAAACUCGCAUGGGCACGCGGCCAGCAAACUCACUCGUUCCGUCUUCUUCAGCGCAGCAUUGAGACGCUGACGCGACGUAUCGAGUCGUUGACUCUGCUCGCUCCAGCAACCAUCCCGAACGAUGGCUCCAGUCUCGAAGCACCACCAAGUGCGUCGCGCUCCGAGUUGCUCGUGGCGUUGGCUCGCGCUCGACUGCAAGCGGGCGAGUGGCUGGCUGAGGCGCGCGCACAGAGCCCAAGAGUCAUUCUGGAGGACUAUUUUGAGCUUGGCCGCCGAAUUUGCCUCGACCCGGACGGAGUGUCACUUCGCGCUCCUUCCCAGCACCAGUCCUUGUCCCAACUGUCCCAGAGUCAAGCCAGUCUGUCAUCCCGGCCCGUGUCUCCCCUCUCGGGCGGCGCGUCAGCACUCAUGCACCAGCAGGAGGCAACUCCGGUUUGCCUCCCGACCGUCAAGCAUGUUGCGAAGGCGUUUUGGCCCGUAGCCAAGAAGGCGUUGGUUUUGCUGGGAGAGUUUGCGGACGCGCAGUACCAAAAGGCGCUCAGCGAUUUGCGUUCCGACUGGCACGAGACGCGCGAGCGCUUGCUCGUCAAAUCGCGGGAAGAGUUGCGUCAGUUUCAACAAAGUGCUAGUGGUCCCAAUCGAUCGCACCUGUACCGCAUUGAAGAGCAAAUCCGGCAAGAUGACGAAGAGCUGCGGUCCAGACGGCAGGCUCCGUUCGAGUUUUUGCGCAAGGCGUUGCAAAGCUAUCUCGACUGUCUCUGUGCAGGCGAGGAUGAUGCAAGCGAUUUGCUCGUCUUCCGCGUCUGCGCUCUCUGGUUUGAGAACAGCACGGAAGGCUCGGUGAAUGCGCUCGUCCACGAGUAUGCGUCGCACAUUCCUUCCUACAAGUUCCUGCCGCUGUUGCAUCAGUUUGCCGCUCGAAUGAGCGGCCAUGACAACGAAUGGGUACAAGCACCGCAAGACGUUGGAGAGAACGGCAGCGCACGAGAAUCGUCCCCGCUGCCGGCAUCCGCAACUGAAGGUCUUGCACACGGCAGCAUCAGCUCGUCCGCGCGCCGCAUGCCCGCCUUCCAGGGUGUGCUAAAGAGCAUCAUCUAUCGUUGCGCGAUCGACCAUCCCUACCACACCGUGCCGAUUGUUUUGGCGCUGAGCGACCCGUACGACAACGCCUCGCACAAGCACUUGAUUUCCACCGAUGAGGCGAAAACGAAAGCUGCCAUCAUUAUGAUUUCUCGGGUGACCAAGGCGCUUGAAGCGGGAGGAAAUCGAAACGCCGAGGCGAUGCGACGAUUCUCCCCGCUCGAGGCUGUUGGGGAUGCCGACCACCACCACCACCACCACCAACCGAGUGCUGUUGGGCGGCGCUCGAGCAGUAUCGACACCAAAGCGACCGCAGACGUUGUUGCUCGUGUCCAGCGAAUGUGCAACUUGUAUCGACGGCUGAUCAACCAACCGCACGGUCUGGAUCCAAACAAGACGCACGAGAUUCCCGCGCCUUUCCUCAAACUGUCUGCCCAGGAUCAGCUACCCCUGCUCACCGCUACGCUUCCUGUCCAUCAAGAUGGCAACUAUGACCAGGCUGAGGAGGAGGAGGAGGAUGGUAGCGACGGAAGUGACCGUAAUCCCGGUCGCCGCCGUUCAACAAAUGAUGGCAGUGCAGGCGUGCGACAAGACCGCAUGCAACACUUGACGCGGGUCGUCUUUGUGAGCGAGUUUGGGACCACUGUGACAAUCGCAGGUGGGCUGAGCAAACCGAGAAUCUUGACAUGCCGCGGCACCGAUGGGCGAUGGUACAAGCAAAUCGCCAAAGGCAAUGACGAUCUCCGUCAAGACGCUGUGAUGCAGCAAGUGUUUGUUCUCGUCAACCGGCUGCUUGCCAAUGACCCAAAGACGCGAGCGCGGCGUCUGCGCAUGCGCACGUACCGAAUCGUUCCGCUUUCGCAGCAGAGCGGUGUUCUUGAGUUUGUCGAGCACACUCGCGCAUUUGGAGAUUAUCUGGUCGGGUCCAGCACGGGUCGUCCCUCGGCCCACGAACGCUUCCGUCCGAGCGACCUGUCAAAGCAAGCCUGCUCCGAAAUAAUCAAAAGCGCCGCAGAAGCUGCCCUCAAACUUCGCGACGACAGGCGCAAAGCAGCACCAGGCCAAGAGAAGCACCUCGAUGCCCUGAUUGCCAGAGCAGAGCAAAAGCGUCUCAAGUGCUUCUUGGACAUUCUGAACCGCUUCAAGCCCGUGUUUCGUCACUUUUUCUUUGAGCAUUUUGCCGAUCCAGCCUCCUGGUAUGCUCGUCGGCUGAGUUACACGCGAAGCGUCGCCGUUUCCUGCAUGAUUGGCUAUAUUGUCGGCCUCGGGGACCGCCACGUUGUCAACCUCCUUGUGGACCAAAAGUCGGCCGAGGUCGUUCACAUUGACUUUGGGGUUGCGUUCGAUCAGGGGAAAAUCCUGAGAACUCCAGAGCGCGUGCCCUUCCGCUUGACCCGCGACAUGGUGGAUGGAAUGGGUGUGUCUGGCAUUGAAGGUACCUUCCGCCGCUGCUCAGAGGAGACCAUGACUGUCAUGCGUGCGCGUGAAACACAGCUCCUCACCAUUCUCGAGGUGCUGCUGUACGAUCCGUUGUUCAACUGGACGAUCAGUGCGGAGAAGGCGGCCCAGAUGCAACAGCCGCAGCAGCCAGAACCCAGAGAGUUGGUGUCCAGCGGCAGCAACAGCGACAAGGACGGCGCAAUGAUCGAUUCCGCCAAGGAGGUUGAUCUCGUCGAGCGCAACCAGCAAGCCGAGCGUGUCCUCAUCCGAUGCAAGCAAAAGCUGCAGGGCUACGAGGAUGGUGUUCCGCUGAGUGUUCAAGGCCAAGUCAGUCUUCUCAUCCAACAAGCCAUCAGUCCGGACAACCUUGCGUUCAUGUACCACGGCUGGCAAGCUUGGGUGUAG